AUGACUGAAGCGGAUCUAACAUCGUUCUUAUUACAAGAUAUUGAAUCACUUUAUGAGAACAAUGAAGAUUUUAAUGUAACGAUUAAAGUUAAUCAAGAAAGUUUUAAAGCGCAUUCGUUAAUUUUAAAAUCUAGGUCGCAAUAUUUUCGAAAAUCUAUAAACGAAUAUCUACAAAGAAGAAAUAGCUUAUUUAACAGAGGAGGUGAUUGUAUUAACUUGGAAGUCACCGAUAUCUCUCCAAGAGCUUUCAGAGUAUGCCUAAAGUACAUUUAUACGGGGAAGUUUUCCUUGGAUGAUUAUAAUAAUGAAUUCAUUUUUAGUUUGACCAUCGCAGCUGAUGAGUUGGGCCUACUUUGCAUGGUAAAUUACCUUCAAAGGUACCUUAUUGAUCAACAACUCGAAUGGAUUAAACAAAAUUUGGUUAAAGUACAUCAAACUUCUUCAAACCAUGAAAAUUUCGCAGAAUUACUAGUGAGUUGUUGUGACCUAAUUGAACAAGAUCCCGCAUUAUUAUUUAAAUCAAGACAUUUUUAUAAAAUAAAAAAGGACUUUUUAUUGGAAUUAAUUAAACGUGACGAUAUCAGUUUACCAGAGGCCGAAAUAUGGCAAAAUAUAGUUAAAUGGGGGAUAGAACAAACACCUUGUAUAAUGGAACAAGAUAAAAGUAAAUGGAAAGAAUUAGAUUUUGAUGUAUUAAAAGAACGCAUAAAAGAUUUCAUUCCGUAUAUUAGAUUUUUUACCAUACCUUCGGAUGAAUAUUUUACUAAAGUUCGUCCAUUAAAACAAAUAUUAACCCAUUCGACGGUUGAUCAGUUAGAAAAGUUUUAUUUAAUGAGAAAUCUUGCCCCACCCUCUAACGAAAAACCCCGUAAGUUGAGAAGGGAUCCUACGACUUUGAAAAGAAAUUCUUCAAUUUUUAAACCAAAGUAUCGGAGGGGGGAACCGGCUUCUGAAGUUAAACCCGAAGCUUUAGACGAAGUUUCUGUAAGACCGUUAACUCAAGAUAGACCUUCACCAUUCCCAAGAUUUCGACUUCCCGAUAUUAAAUUUAAUUCCAAAUUAAUCGAUAAUACGCAACUUAAACGUAUAUCACGUUGGAUUGAUGGAGAUGACCAAGGAGGUGUUGAAAAUUCAAAUCUAAAUAAUAAUUUCACCUUAUUGGCAAGAGGAAGUAAAGAUGGCAUGGAUCUAAAAACCUUUGCCUCAUUAUGUAAUGAUAAAGGACCAACGUUAGUCUUGGCAAAGGUUGAUAAAACAAAUAUUAUUAUUGGAGGGUAUAAUCCUGAACCGUGGAAAAGUACAAAUAAAUGGAUUGUAACAGAUGAAAGUUUUAUAUUUUCAUUUAUAUCUUAUCAAAGUAGGGAAGGGAUCGAUGAUAUCAUUCUUAGCAGGGUUAAAGAUACGAACGCUGCUAUUUUUGACGGGGAUAGUCAUUAUGGUAUUGGAUUUGGUAUGGAUCUACGUAUAUUUAGCGGAGAAUAUGUACAUGAACAUUAUAUAAAAAGAAUUAUGGAUCAGAGUGUUUUCGAUAUAGAAAAUUAUGAAAAUGCCUACAUAGUAAAUAAAACUGACGCAAAAUUCAGAAAUUUUUAUGUGAAAAAUUAG